AUGGGUCCCAAAGAUGGAUGCGUCGCUCGUGGACAUAUCUGUGUUGUGAACUGUUCAGGAGACGCUGGCGGAUAUAGUAAAGGAGCAAACAUCGCAGCGGCCGAGAGUCAUGACCAAGAUCCAAGGAUGGCGUCUGCUUUCCAAAAACACCAGUUCACCAUAAUAGUGACCAUAUCUCAGAUUCUGUUCAUGGUGUUAUUUGGUCUAUUCGGCAAAUAUGAUGCGAACACAAUGCCAGGCGGUUCUGAGGACUCCAGCUACAUGGCUGUCAAAUAUCCAUUGUUCCAAGACACUCAUGUUAUGAUCUUCAUCGGUUUCGGCUUCUUAAUGACGUUCCUAAAGAGAUAUGGUUUCUCAGCUAUCUCAGUGAAUAUGCUCUUAGCAUGCUUCACCAUCGAAUGGGGAAUGAUCGUACGUGGUAUGCUUGGUCACGAAUUUGCACACGAAGGGAAAUUCACUAUUGGUGUGGAGCAACUUCUCACUUCGGACUUUGCUGCGGCUGUGAUCCUUAUUUCAAUGGGAGCGAUGCUUGGAAAACUCUCUCCAGUGCAAUAUCUGAUUAUGGCAUUCAUCGAGACACCUGUUGCUAUAUUCGUCGAACAUCACGUUGUGCACACUUUCCACGUAAAUGAUGUUGGUGGAUCUAUGGUUGUCCACGCCUUCGGUGCUUACUUUGGUUUGGCGUGCUCGAAAGCAUUUGCCGACAAAAGUCAAAGGGAACACGAGAAUGAGGGCUCCAUCUAUCAUUCCGAUAUUUAUGCUAUGAUCGGAGCGAUCUUCCUAUGGGUGUUCUGGCCAUCAUUCAACGCUGGAGUCGCCGAACCGGCCGAUGCUCGACAAAGAGCCGUCUGUAACACAUUCUUAUCGCUAUGCGCUUGUACCGUUACCACUUUUUUGGUCUCUCAAGCUACUGAUCAUCAUAAGAAAUUUGACAUGGUACAUAUAGCAAAUUCCACGUUAGCUGGUGGCGUAGCGAUUGGAACCACUGCAAAUGUGGUGCUGGAUCCGUUGCAUGCGAUGUGUGUUGGAGUAAUCGCCGGUGCUCUAUCCGUCAUCGGAUAUAAAUACAUUACUCCAGCGUUGAACAAACUCGCUCACGAUACCUGUGGCGUACAUAAUCUGCACGGGAUGCCAGGAGUUCUUGCUGGACUAUUUUCCGCCGUCUUUGUUCUUCUUUACGAUCCGGCCUCCUACGGAAAGAGCCUGAACAUCAUUUAUCCAGCGAUGAAGAGCGAAUCCAAUGCCGCCGGUAUAAGCGCAGCAUCACAAGCCGUCAAUCAACUCACUGGUCUUGGUCUAGUGCUAAUUAGCGCAUUGUUGUCAGGAUUAGCCACUGGUUUUCUGCUGAAACUCAAACUGAUCAACCAGGUUCGAGAAAAAGAGUUGUACGCUGACGGUGACUACUUUGAAACCCCAGCUGACUACGAUUUCAAUACGAGAAUUGUUUCCCGUAUCGAUCGUGUUGAAAUCAAUGAGCACACACAACUCACUCAAAAGGAGAUCUAA